AUGUAUGUUGGAAAUGUGGCGCUCCCGCUAACCUCCUGUGGAUUUCACUCCAACCUACAACAUCCAUCCACUUUCCAACGGUCGAAUUGCCUUCCCCUGUUCUUCGGCGCCUACAAAUACCGCUCCUCUGUCGCAGCACGAAUCCAUCAAUCUUUGAAUUCGAUUUUACUCGAAGAAAAGAUCCUUUUUUGUGCCAUCAUUUUAGCUCCGAUCAAUGGGGAUGAUCUCGAUCGCGUCUCCGCCGCCGGCAGCCUCCUCCCCGCCCACUGCCGCGCCCACAAGUCCUUCCUCCUCUCCAACUACGUCCUCCUCGGCGCCGCCUCCAGCUGCAUCUUCCUCACUCUCUCCCUCCGCCUAGUCCCCUCCCCCUGUGGCUUCCUCCUCGUCCUCCUCCACGCCCUCACCAUCGCUGCCGCCGUCUUCGGCUGUGCCGCCGUGGCCAGCCCCUCCGCCCGCUGGUACGGCACCCACAUGGCGGCCACCGUGCUCGCCGCCAUCCUCCAGGGCGCCGUCGCCGUGCUCGCCUUCACCCGCACCGCCAACUUCCUAACAGACGGGCUCAAGUCGUACGUGCGGGCGGAGGACGGCGUGGUGAUUCUGAGGAUGGUGGGGGCGCUCGGCGUCGUCAUUUUCUGCAUGGAGUGGGUGGUCAUGGCGCUCGCCUUCGUGUUGAGGUACUACGCGGCCGUCGACGGCGGAGGGAUCGCCAUGAGGAGCGCCAAGGUGCAGCAGGAAGGGGAGUACGCGGCCACCGGCCAUUGGCAGCCUUUCCAGGUUUAGUUCAAUUGUGUCUGGCUUUUCAAUUAAUUAAACUAUUGGGAAAUGAUGUAACAUUGAUUGAUCAAUUAUUCGAUUUUAGGUUGAUGUAAUAUUUGAUUUAUUUAUCAAUUAUUUGAUUGAACUAUCAAAAUUCAGAAAUAA